AACUACAAUGGAAUACAUAAUCUUAGUUUUCACCUGCCUCGUGACAUUUUGUCAGGUUAAUUCACAAUACUGUGGGGGCUGUGGACCAACAACCGUCGUGACAAGUCCACAGCUACUUACCAAUGGACCUUAUUUAACUGCACCGCAAGUCAUUACGUCACCAGUGGUCGCUACGACUGUAGUCGAUAACUCCGUGUCAAACGCUUUAGCGAAUGCGUUACAGCUAUUGAUAGUGAGCGACCUCAUCGAGUCUAGACUAUCGAAGAUUGCUCCGAAUGCAUUACUGAGCACAUUCGCACCGAUUCUUGAAAGAUUUGGCCCAUUAUGUUCUCCCGUAGUUGAUGUCGUUGCGCCCUGCCCUACACCUAUCGAAGUUAUACCUCCUUGCGUUCCUUUAAUCGAAACCAUAACGCCCACCUGCUAUGGAGGUAUUACAGAAACUAUAACACCUAAUCUGUUCUGUGGCUUCCCUGAAACUUUCUGCUCGAAUACUUACGGCGUCACUGAAACUUUCAUUCCAAAUUGCUAUAACGGAUACACUGAGACAAUCGCAACAACGCCCUGUGGGGUCACAGAAAUUAUUACUCCUAAUAUAGGCUUCAAUAAUAUAGCAACACUGAAUCCUAAUAUAUACGGGGGAGUACCUGAAGUCAUUUCAACAACACCGUGUGUACAACAAUUCCCGUUAAAUAAUGUGUUUGGUGGUUUUACAGAAGUCGUUACACCGACAUGUGGCUCUAACUUUUAUAGUGGCGUUGCUGAAGUUUUUACACAAAAUCCGUUCACGAAUAAUUAUUGUGAUCGUUUCACUGAAGUCAUCACACCAGUGUCCUCCUUUAAUCCUGGAUGUAUUGGAGGUGUGACUGAAAUAAUAAAUUCAAAUCCAUGCACACCGAACUUCUAUGGAGGUCUGACGGAGAUAGUCUCGCCCUUCACACCAGGCUGUUUUAGUGGAGUAACUGAAGUACUCACUCCCACGUCAUACAUACCUAAUUAUUAUGGAGGUGUUACAGAAGUAAUUUCGCCGUUCAAUUCAUUCAACCCCGGCUGCUUCGGUGGAGUAACCGAAGUAGUUACUCCAUCUCAAUUUUCACCGUUCUUUGGUGGUAUCUCAGAAUUUAUUUCUUCUGUUGGUCCUUUCAAUUCGGGUUAUAUACCAGAGGUUAUCACGGCUAAUCCCUAUUGUCCCAAUUACUUUGGUAACGUAAAGGAAAUUAUUGCCCCAACUGGGCCAUAUGCGCCUGUAGCUGCUGAGGUACUAAUCCCCCCCGCUAUUCCAGCUCAAUUGACAUGUAAUUUCGGUUACAUGCCGACAACUGUGCCAUGUGUCAGUUUCAACGUGGAAGCGUUACCGUUCGAGCCUUGUGGUUGUGGGUGCAACGGCUUCCCAAAAAGUUUCUAUUAUUAAGUAUUGUUAUUAUUGUUAGACAUUUAUGUAAUAAACUGUUUUUAUUUAA